CAGGCGGUUUGGUUAUGUGUCAAAUACAUCAGUCAACGGACGCUCUGCUGCAGUCUUCUUAUCUGGACUAUUUCAGUACACAGGACAAGGGACUUCAGCAGUCGGCAUUUUGCUAUAAAAAUUCCAUUGUGCACAUGGAUAAAGGAGCGGAAAACAUCAAACUGGAUGUUAUGGCGUUGGAGGGCUGUGAAUACAGCGCAAUGUGUCACUCUAUUCAUUCUGUCAGUCGUAAAUCUGCAGAUGACACCGGUGCCACCGCCUUCCGGCCAAACUGCGAAGCUCACCCCUGUCACGGCCUGCUGUGUACACCGUCAGGACCUGACAUUUCAGGUAUAACGAGAAGGCCAUAAAACAACUCCGCAUUUUAUCUACCCCACUGACCUCAGUUCUGGCAUUGCUUCAUUUACUGUUGCCAAAAGUCAUCAUCUUAAUCUCCCUUGACUAGGAUUCUCUCCGGCACUUCUCCUGGAGCAGCUUGUUUGGACCAUAUACUUUUGUCAUGCUAUUCAACCCGCAAGCUACAAGCCUACCACCACUUUGAUGUUUUAAAUAUUUAUAUAUCAUUCACAAUGUAUUAUUAUUACCCCUACAUACCAGCCGCGUUAUCUGUAUCUAAAUUUAAUCAGGAACAUAGCACUAACUAUUGCACAGGAACUAUUUGGCACUAAAUUUUAAUAU